AUGAUACGUGGACGAGAAGCAGGGUCGUGCUGUGUACGUGGAAUAUGGGAUAGGAUAUCCAGAAGAAAGAUAAUAGAAAGUCAUGAUACAACAACAGUUCUCAACCGUUAUCUCACUACAGUUCAUCUCACGUUUAUGGGUGUUGGUGCCACAGUUGGAGUAGGAAUAUAUGUUCUGGUAGGCGUAGCUGCUAAAGACACUGCAGGUCCCGGUCUACUUAUUUCCUUCAUGCUAGCUGCUCUGUUGACAAUGAUCAAUGCUGUGAUAUUUGCUGAGUUUGGAGCUCGAAUUCCUACGACUGGAGCUAGUUAUACCUAUGUUUACGAAAGUCUGUGUGAAGGCCUGGCUUUUAUUGUUGGUUGGUUAAUAUUACUAGGUUAUUUUACAAGCGGAGCUGUAGGUUGCAGAGCAUGGAGUGGGUACUUUGACUCUUUGUUUGAUGGUGCAGUACACAACUUAACCAGAGAACUCUUUGGAACUAUAAAUGUUGGACCACCUCUGAGCGACCACGUAGACAUUGUGGCAAGUUUACUAGAGAUCGUGGCUAUGGUUAUAGUAGCUUUGGGAAUUCAUACAUCUUCGACAGUGAACGCUGUUUUAUCUAUGAUAAGUGUUGGGGUCUUGUUAUUUGUGACUGUAAUGGGAUUAGUUCUUGGUGAUAUUAGUAAUGUUGUCAAUAAAGACCAUGGUGGAUUCUUUCCCUUUGGAUUCACAGGCGUAGUGGUGGCAACAUCGUCUUGUUUUUAUGCCUAUAAUGGAUAUGAUGUGAUAUGUAUGUCUGCCGAAGAAUCGAAGACACCAGCCAAGUCCAUUCCAAGAGCGAUUUUGAUCGAGCUAAUAAUAGUAACACUCCUAUAUGCUGGAGCUUCAUUUUCACUAAUGAUGUUGACACCAUAUUAUCUGAUUGAUACUCGUGCACCCAUUCCAUCAGCGUUUGAAAUUAGAGGCAUUAUAUGGGCAAAAUAUGUGGUGACUAUUGGACCAGUGUUGGGAAUUGGUAAUCUCAGUCUACUGAACCUUUACUCAACUUCACGACACAUUUACUGUAUGUCUAAUGAUGGCCUCUUAUUAACGUUUUGUGGACGAGUAAAUCGCAGAUCUCAAGUUCCA